GGGAGUGGGAGGAGAGGGGAGGAAGGGGAGGGGUGGCCGCAGGCUCGGGCUGGGCAGUGUGUUCCAGCUCCAGCUGGGCCUGAAGUCUUCCAGAAGCCACCAGCUUUCUCGGGCACCAACUCCUGCCGCCACGCACCAUGGCUAUGAAGGUAGACAACAGGCCCGGGGGGCUCCCCAGCAGUGGCUGUGACCCAGGGACAGCCCGAGAACACGUGCAGGCAGUCACCCGAAACUACAUCACCCACCCCCGAAUCACCUACAGGACCGUGUGCAGUGUCAAUGGGCCCCUGGUGGUGCUGGACCAGGUCAAGUUUGCCCAGUAUGCUGAGAUCGUCAACUUCACCCUGCCCGACGGAACUCAGAGGAGUGGCCAAGUGCUUGAGGUGGCUGGGACCAAGGCUAUUGUUCAGGUGUUUGAAGGAACCUCUGGGAUCGAUUCCCAGAAGACCACCUGUGAGUUCACAGGGGACAUUCUACGGACUCCAGUGUCAGAGGACAUGUUGGGUCGGAUUUUCAAUGGCUCCGGCAAACCUAUUGACAAAGGGCCUGUGGUCAUGGCAGAGGAUUUUCUGGACAUCAAUGGCCAGCCCAUCAACCCUCAUGACCGAAUCUACCCUGAGGAGAUGAUUCAGACGGGCAUUUCUCCAAUCGAUGUCAUGAACAGCAUUGCCCGUGGUCAGAAGAUCCCCAUCUUCUCAGCAGCUGGGCUCCCCCACAAUGAGAUUGCAGCCCAGAUCUGCCGUCAGGCUGGGCUGGUGAAGAAAUCCAAAGCUGUGCUGGAUUAUCACGAUGACAACUUCGCCAUCGUCUUUGCAGCCAUGGGGGUGAAUAUGGAGACAGCCAGGUUCUUCAAGUCUGACUUCGAACAGAAUGGAACUAUGGGGAAUGUCUGCCUCUUCCUGAACUUGGCCAACGACCCCACGAUCGAGCGGAUCAUCACCCCACGCCUGGCACUGACCACUGCCGAGUUCCUCGCCUACCAAUGUGAGAAGCACGUGCUGGUCAUACUGACAGACAUGAGCUCCUAUGCAGAGGCCUUGCGGGAGGUCUCAGCUGCCAGAGAGGAAGUGCCUGGGCGCCGAGGGUUCCCGGGAUACAUGUACACAGACCUGGCCACCAUCUACGAGCGGGCAGGCCGUGUGGAGGGCCGAGGAGGAUCCAUCACGCAGAUCCCCAUCCUCACCAUGCCCAAUGACGAUAUCACUCACCCCAUCCCAGACUUGACAGGCUUCAUCACUGAGGGACAGAUCUACGUGGACAGACAGCUACAUAACAGACAGGUUUACCCCCCUAUCAACGUGCUCCCUUCUCUGUCUCGACUGAUGAAGUCCGCCAUUGGGGAGGGCAUGACCAGAAAGGACCACGGAGAUGUCUCCAACCAGCUGUAUGCCUGCUACGCCAUCGGGAAGGACGUGCAGGCCAUGAAGGCGGUGGUGGGGGAGGAGGCGCUCACCUCCGAGGACCUGCUCUACCUGGAGUUUCUGCAGAAGUUCGAGAAGAACUUCAUCAACCAGGGCCCCUACGAGAACCGCUCGGUGUUCGAGUCUCUGGACCUGGGCUGGAAGCUGCUGCGAAUCUUCCCCAAGGAGAUGCUGAAGCGCAUCCCGCAGAGCGUGCUCGAUGAGUUCUACUCCCGCGAGGGGGCGCCGCAGGACUCCGCGUCCUACACUGCGCUCUAGGCCCGCGCGUGCUGUCGCCCCUGCCCUCCGUGCCCACCGUUGCCCACCCCUCCUCUUGCCACCAUCUCCCCAUCACCCCCCGCCCCGAACUCACCGCUUCUGCGCCCACCUUCAGCCCCUACAGGCUAUGGGGUUUGCAAGCAUCUAUCUUCCUCCACUCGCAGCACGGGGACAGAAGAGAGGUUCUGAAAGCGAUGACCUGUGACUUAGUCGGACAACAUUAUCUGUAUUUUUAUUUUAAGUGGCGUUUUGUGUGUUUGUGUAGCGCUGGGGCUCCAACCCAGGACUGCUUGCAUGUCAAGCAGGCUCUCUACCGCUGGGAUGCACCCCCAGUGGUGGGUUUAUUUUAAAAUUACCCAAAUAAGAAUAACUGAGACGAAUUUAUCUUAGGUAAAAAUAAGAUUGGUAUUUUUUUAAAAAAAGAAAAGAUAAGGUAAUUAUUGACGGUGUAGGUGAUGGAUACCUGAAGUUCAUUAAAUUAUUUUUCCCCAUAAAAGCAUAUAUUUGGAAGGCUGGGGCAGGAGGAUCGAAAGUUUAAGGCCAGCCUGGGCACUUAGCAAGAUCCUGUCUCAAAAAGUAAAUAAACAAAAAGGGCGGGAGAUACAAUUCACCACUUCCUGGGGUUCAACCACCAGUACUACAAAAGGAGAACAAGCUAACAAAAAAUGCACUAAUGCCUUAACAGGUGAUAAUAGAAUUCCUCUUAGGGAGGUAUUUAUCUUUCUAAAGAAAUAUUUUGCUAAAUUUCCCUGGGUAGAACUUGAGCUCAGGGGGCACGGAAGAGAGAAUCGGAGCCACAAACGAUUUUUUAAACAGCUCUGCAGACACAGAAGGAUAGUUGUUAGGGAGAUAGCCUGAGGGACAGGAGAGAUGGUGCAGAAGGCUGAGGAAAGAUCCCAAAGGAAGAAAUGGGUGGAGAGCAUUCCAAAGCUCGGGAUGCCUGAAGCUCCUUUGAAGGCUGCCUGCUGUUCUGUGAUGUCAUCCCCUCUUCUGUCUUUCUGCACCGUCAAAGAAGUCAGGAGUCUACGAAGAAUUCAUGAAUGCUUCUUAAAAGGGAGAGGGUCGGUGGGGACAAGUCCCAUUCCCAAGACAAUUCAUAGCCAUCUUGAGGAAAGCUUUGUGCACAGGGCAUAGCGUUGUUUUUAAUAAUAGUUCUGUUGAGAUAUGAUUCAUACUAUAAAAUUUACCUAUUUGUAACUGUAUGGUUUAGUAGUUUUUAGUAUAUUCAGAGUUGAGUGAUUAUGACCACAAUCAAUUUUGGAACACUUUUAUUACCCCCAAAAGAAAUCCCGUACCUCCAGCUAAUCCAUUCCUGUCACAGCCCUAAGCAACCAUGAAUCUACUUUGUAUUUCUAUGGCUUUGCCUAUUCUGGACAUUUCACAUAAAUGGAAUCAUACACUA